CCGUAUCGGCGGCAUUUUACUAAUGGUUGGCGGUUGGCGGCAACUUCGUUCUAUUACGUCACGAUACUACGUGAGUCGAGUUAAUGAUGCGUAUAUUUUGUUCGAUACAGUCACUAUCUCGAUACAUCUAUGACUUGUUAAAAGAGCGAGUCAAUUAAUCGCGCCGCUAAUUGUUUAUUAGCAAUAAUCUCAUUUGAAACGCGGACAAUAAUAUGAUACGCGGAGCGGCCCGUGUUGUUAUCUUGCCGACUCGAGUCUCGAGAGUGUCUCGCGUCUCGCUCUCGCCGAACGAACGACAAACCAAGGCCGCGACGCGUCGCGAAGUAUGUACAGACGUAAACAAUAGCGCGCAUGUAUACAUCGCAAUCAUAGGACGCCACAAAAUCGUCAUGCCAAACAUUCCGCGUGAUAAGUACAAUACAUUUCAGAACGUUCUAGUCCUACGUUGAGUUAAGUACUGUACUGAGGGCAAGAAGAAUCGCACCACGUGCUUUACAAGAGAGAUAGGCAUUUGAAUUUGAGAGUGAAUAAUUGAAAAUAAUUUAAUCAAGACAUAUAAAAUUUUUUAUAUAUUGAUUGUGCCUUUUUAUACAAGUUAAUCAAUUCUAUAUAUAAGAGAAAAAAUGUUGGAUUUGGAGCACACGAAAUUGGAGGAGGAAGAGCAUAGUACUAUUAUUCGGGAAUGUGAUGAUUCGUUAAAAAAACUCCAAGAUGACAUAGAUCUUUGCAAAACACAACAAGAUGACAUUCGUUCUGAGAUUCAAGCUUGCCAUGUUGCAAGCAUAAAAAGCACUAAUACCAUACAUGAUCUUUUCUCACGUAUAUAUUCAUCACGUGUACAUUUGGAACAUUGUUGCAAUAAAGAUUUGCAAAAUAAAGCAAUCACAAAUUUGAAAGAGCAAAUUGCAAUUUUGAAAACAGAAAAGGAUUCUACACUUCAGAUGGUGGAGAUGUUGUUGAAAAAUACAAAUGCAUUAGAACAAAGAUUAGAAACUAAACAAAUAGAUAGCUAUCAAGUAAAAUUGCAUGAGGAGCAAUUGGAAAUUGUUAAACGAUCAUAUUCUGAAGUUAUAAAAACUUUAGAGAAUAAGUUGUUUAAAGUUAAAGAUGAUUUUGCAAAGCAACAAUCUCUCUCGAUGAAAAGUAAUGAUACAAUAGAAAUAUUAAAAAGAGAGAAACAGGAAAUGGAAAAUAAUCUUCAGGAUCUUCAGCAAACUACUCAACAGAAAGAUAAGAAUAACCAACAUAUAGUACAAUCAUUAACGGAAGAGUUGUCUGCCGCAAAAGCAGAAAUACAGAGACUAAAUCAUUUAAACUCAAAUUCAGAGAAAAAAUUGAAUGAGAACAAAAAAAUUGUCAAUAAUGUUAUAGCAAAGAAUGAAGAAACGAAAUGUAAGCUGGCCGAAGCUCUUGAUUUAAUAGAAUAUGCGAUAAAAGAGAAAGAAGUUGUGCUUGAGAGAGAAGCAAAACUUGCGGAGCAAAAUGCCAAAUUGGAAAGUCAAUUGGCUUCUAUUGCCAAAGAACAUGCGAUUAAAAUGCAAGAGGAGAUUGCAAAAUUGACAGAUAUUCAUGAGCACGAUAUGAAGAAAUAUUUAUUAGAAAUUAAAGAGUUGAAGUCAGAAUUGCGAGAAAAGGUGAUGUUAUUGGACCGAUCGCAAAGAGAGAAUAGAUUAAUAGAGGCGGAAAUGGAGAAUGAGCGCCAAUCUACUGCAGAUUUACUGGAAAAAUCAGCCUCCAAAAUGCUUGAAAGAAUAUUUGACCAAACACCUAAACAUGCAGAUUCCAAAACUUGUAACGAGACGUGCAAGUUACUAUAUAGUUCAGAAAUACAACGAUUACAGGAGAAAAUUGCUAAUUUGGAAGAAAACUUAACAAUUUCGAAUGAUCAUCUGAAACAAAGUCAGCAACAAAAGCCUAUAAAUCCUAUAAAUGUAGAUUGCAUAAAAUUAGCUGAAGAAAGAACGAAGGAUGCAAUCGACCGUUAUGUUCAUUUAGAAAGCCAAUUAAUUAAAGCUACGAAUGAUAAGGAAUCUCUCACAACUAAAUUAAAAUCAUUGCAGUUGGAUUUCGAUUGCGAGUUACGUAAGAGAGAUUAUAAACGACGUAUGUUGGAAAAUAAGAUCCGCGAAUUAGAAAUGGAUCUUCACAAGGAAAAAUGCACAAGAGAGAAUAAAUCAGGCACUAAUAUUAGUCCAGUACAAGUUUCCUCUCAACAUUGCGAGGAUACAGUGAAUAAACAUACUUUGGAUAUACGUAUUGAAGCUAUAGAAGACCAACGGCAAUCUUUAUUAGAUGAGAAAAUAAAGGUGCAACAAGAACGUUUUGACAAAAAAAUGGAAGAGAUGAAAUAUCAAGUAACAAUUUAUCAAGAUUUAAAUAAAAAUUGGGCUAAUGAAUCAAAAUCUAUGGCUGAAACAUUUCAAGAAAAACUUAACGAACAACGUAAGCUAAUAUGUACAUUGCGAAACAAAAAUGCUGCACUGGGAAACAGACUCUUACUUUUGAAUGACGAAAAUGUAUUUACAUCAAAUGCUAUGCAUGUGUGCGGUUGGAAAAGAUGCGAGACUAGAUGACAAUGUCUUAUACUAUAAAAAUGGAUUAAUGAAUAUAAGGAUAAUGGAUCUGAUAUACUCAUAAAUAUUAUAGGAUAAUCGAUUUUUUUAUUUAAUAAAGAGAUACAAAUC